AUGCUACAUGAACUCGCUGUCAAGUAUACAAAGACUUACGUAGCUGUCAAGUACUCAAAGACUUACGAAGCUGUCAAGUACUCAAAGACUUACGAAGCUGUCACGUACUCAAAGACUUACGAAGCUGUCAAGUACUCAAAGACUUACGUAGCUGUCAAGUACUCAAAGACUUACGAAGCUGUCAAGUACUCGAAGACUUACGAAGCUUUCAAGUACUCAAAGACUUACGUAGCUGUCAAGUACUCAAAGACUUACGAAGCUGUCAAGUACUCAAAGACUUACGUAGCUGUCAAGUACUCAAAGACUUACGAAGCUUUCAAGUACUCAAAGACUUACGAAGCUUUCAAGUACUCGAAGACUUACGAAGCUUUCAAGUACUCAAAGACUUACGUAGCUGUCAAGUACUCAAAGACUUACGAAGCUGUCAAGUACUCGAAGACUUACGAAGCUUUCAAGUACUCAAAGACUUACGUAGCUGUCAAGUACUCAAAGACUUACGAAGCUGUCAAGUACUCAAAGACUUACGUAGCUGUCAAGUACUCAAAGACUUACGAAGCUGUCAAGUACUCAAAGACUUACGAAGCUUUCAAGUACUCAAAGACUUACGUAGCGGUCAAGUACACAAAGACUUACGUAGCUGCCAAGUACUCAAAGACUUACGUAGCUGCCAAGUACUCAAAGACUUACGUAGCUGUCAAGUACACAAAGACUUACGUUUCUGUCAAGUACACAAAGACUUACGUAGCUGUCAAGUCCACAAAGACUUACGUAGCUGUCAAGUACACAAAGACUUACGUAGCUGCCAAGUACACAAAGACUUACGUAGCUGCCAAGUACACAAAGACUUACGUAGCUGCCAAGUACACAAAGACUUACGUAGCUGUCAAGUACUCAAAGACUUACGUAGCUGUCAAGUACUCAAAGACUUACGUAGCUGCCAAGUACACAAAGACUUACGUAGCUGCCAAGUACACAAAGACUUACGUAGCUGUCAAGUACACAAAGACUUACGUAGCUGCCAAGUACACAAAGACUUACGUAGCUGUCAAGUACACAAAGACUUACGUAGCUGUCAAGUCCACAAAGACAAUAUGCAGAAACAUGACGGGAUGCUUCUGUCUCCCGCUUUCUCAAAUGGCGUCUUUAUUAGAGAAAGUGAGUGACUUAGCGAUAAUUCAUCCAAAUAUGUUAUCAGGUCACUGCUCACAGUAA